CAACCUCGCCCAGCCUGAGGAGGGCGGUACAGCGGGCCUGGUCCUGGAGGUGGCGACCGGCUGCGGAGAGACGGUCAUGGCAGCUCGGACGGGUCAGAGAGCUCUGAGAAGGGUGGUUUCGGGAUGCCGGCCGACGUCGGCGACAGCAGCUGGAGCCUUACUUCCGGCGCGGGAGCCUGCGCGGAACGUCAGGUAUUUAGCUUCCUGUGGUAUACUCAUGAGCAGAACUCUUCCACUAUAUACCUCAAUUUUGCCUAAGGAGAUAUAUGCAAGAACUUUCUUCAAAAUUGCUGCACCAUUAAUAAACAAAAGGAAAGAAUAUUCAGAGAGGAGAAUUAUAGGUUAUUCAAUGCAGGAAAUGUAUGAUGUAGUAUCGGGAAUGGAGGAUUACAAGCAUUUCGUUCCUUGGUGCAAAAAAUCAGAAGUAAUAUCAAAGAGAUCUGGAUACUGUAAAACACGAUUAGAAAUUGGGUUCCCACCUGUGUUGGAGCGAUACACAUCAGUAGUAACUUUGGUGAAGCCACAUUUGGUAAAGGCAUCUUGUACUGAUGGGAAACUUUUCAAUCAUCUGGAGACUAUUUGGCGUUUUAGCCCAGGUCUUCCUGGCUACCCGAGAACUUGUACUUUGGAUUUUUCAAAUAGCAACAACAACGAUGACAAAAACAGCUCAAGGCCAGGAAGUGGCAUGGUGGUCAAGGUACUAGAUUCCCACAUGCCACCUAUUGGCCUCUCUUUUCUAAUCUCUAAUUUGUACAAGUCCUUAAAUUAUAAGCACAUACCAGUGGCUUUACUUCCAGUUUAGUAAUAGUUUUAAAUU